CAUCUUAUUGCUCAUAAAUUUAGAUUAAAAAAUCUAAAAUAAAGUAAAUCGACAGUAAAACUUUUCUUAACUAAAAGUACAAUAACCCAAUAAGCCGCUAAAAAUUUAUUUUACCAGAAAAAAAAAAUUGAUUACUUGCACGGGUUUGUAUAGUAGUAAAAAAUUUCUUAAAACAUUCAAUUAAAAAAACAAAAACUAAACAGAUAAUUCGUUAAUAACAAAAAAUGGAUUACGUGGUUGACUUUACUGGUUACUACAUACCAGUUAAAAAAUUUAUUAUAAAAGAAUUUUGUUUGAUUCCCAUAGUGAAAAAAAAAAUUACCCAACACAAAGCUGCCGUCGUAAAUCCGCCGUACGUGUGGCGUAAAUUACCAAUCAGGUAUCAAAACGAGUACCUCAAUCGUUUUUACAAAAAGUAUGGAAUCGAUUACUCCCAUGGUAAUUGUUCAAUAAACGAUGCUUUCAAUACUAUAAUCAAUGAUUUAAAAAAAUCACAGACUAUUUAUCUAAAAAAUGAAUCUCGAAAACGAUUUCUAUUAGAAUUCACGCAAAUGCCCUUCAAUAAUAUCGUAUGUUUAGACUCGCGUGGUUACGAUUUAUAUCCAAAGAUGUCACCAGGACUUUGUUCUAAUCAUGCGUCACCUAAAAACUAUUGCGUCAUCAAAAACGCGUUCACUAUGGCCGAAUGGCUUUUAGAAAAAUUACUCGCUCAUAAAUCGGGACAAGAAUUGAAAUCUAUGAGACCUACUUUCGAUUAUCGUGAUCCCGAAGUUAUGGAAGAAUUAGCCAACGCUGGGGAUUCAAAUGAUCCCCAAGCUAGGUCAAUGGAUUUUGAAUAUUUAGAAGCGCACAAAAAACUGGCGAAGCAGCUUGAAGAUCUACGUAAAGAUUCUGAUUACGAAAGUUCGAUUGGUGAUGAUAGUGAUCUUAGUUUUGAUACAAAUAUCGAUUUUGAUAAUAACGUUGAUGAUACCGACGCAGAUGAUCAAUUAGAAAUGACCGAUGAUCUAGAUUUUGGACUAGAUAGAAUAAUUAGUCUGAGAAACCGAAUUAAUUCACGAAAUUCUGAUAAUUUAAGUCAGAAGUCAGAUCUUGAUACUUUUGAAUCUGAUAGAACGCGGGUUUCUGAUUCCAGUCGACCAAUUGAUUAUCAUGAGCUUGAUGAUGCCUUGAGUGAUAUUUCUGAUUCAUGCGAAUUGGCUGAAUUUGAAGUGGAACCUGAAAUUAGUAUUUUUAAUGACGACGAUAUGGAACCAGAAGCAAUGAAAAUAAAACGGAAAAAUGAAGAAUCAAUGAGAGCUAAUAAUCGAGACUUUGAUGAUGAUUCCGACGAUGGAAAUUUAAGAUCUUCAAAAAUGAGUGAUUUGUACUCAGAAGUGGAAGUUAGCGAUUAUGAUUUCGAACCAGAUGAACAAUAUUUUAGUCCGAGUAGAGAAAAUAGGCAUGAGUUAAAGAGAAAUUCUGAUGAUUAUUUUGAUGACAUGUCUGAAGCAACGGUGGAAGAUUAUCAACCGGCGACUAAACGAUUAAGAGCUCAUUAAUAAUUAUGAUACAUUAUUUUAAUGAUUGAUUAAUAGAUACUGUAAGAAUUUUCAGAGAAAUUGGCAUUAAAAAAUUUUUUUUAUGGGCAAUUGGAGAUUUUGUUAUUUAACAAAACCGGCAAGAGUUCGAAAAAGGCUUGGGAACAUUGCAAAACUUUUAUUAUGCAGAAGAGAUUUGACCAUAAAAAUUUUUAUUUCAAGCGAAUUUUAAUUCUUUUCUUGCGUAGAUUUGAAUUGAAAUCCUAACUAAAGUAUUGAAGAUGCAAAAAAAAAAUGCCGAAACCACCCUGAUAGCCAAGUUGGCCGCAAAAAUUGGUAUUUUCUUAAAUUGAUGGCAACUUUCUUAGAAAGUCGGUGGCAAAAGUUGACAAUUUCAUAAGUUAACGAAAAAUUGCCUUCAAUUUUCUCAGAAACCUGCAUUCAACUUGUAGCUGCUCGCUGGCGCCAACUUUCUCAAAAUGUUAGCGGUGAUUCGUAGCCAACAGUUAUGAAAGCUAAAGUUGUCAAGUUUAUUGCAAACUAAUAAAUACCAACUUUCUGAUCGGGAAAUCUGGCUGCCAGGGUAAUUCGUAAAGAGUGAAAUUCUCUGUAAAAAAGGUUCCUGUAAAUUUUGACAUAAACCUUAUAGUUUAGAGAUAAAAAGCGUCACGAGUUUGAAAAUUAAAAAAAAUGCAUUGUAAAAUAUAAAUCUACAAAAAAUAUUUAUGCUUAAUCCAAAUUGAAUAAUCUAGAGCUUUUGGUCUUCAAUCGAACUUUCAAUUAAUAAAAAGAAGGUUAUUUGAGAUCAAUCAAUCAAUACUCGUCGACUUAUCAAUAGUCAAUCGUUAAAUAUAUAACAGCAAUAAUAUGACUAAUUGAUAAUUGUCAAUGUUAAUCUCAUUGAAAAUUUUAUUUUGACUACGACACUGAUAUAAAAGAUUGAUAUUAAAAUAU